CUAUUUUCCUUAUAACGCACUGUUUAUUUUAACUAUGACCAAGAACACGCUUACUCUUGAUCACCUGACUGGUGGCACGAUACUUGACCGGAUUCUUGGCUACCUUGUAGGCGACCUCAGGCUUUAUUCCGACAGACCCUCGCCAUAUUCUGAUUUCUAUAUGCUGUACGAAGAUCACCAGACGGCUAUUCGAUACGCUCUUGUCUCUCGCCAAUGGAUGGAAUACUUGGUGCCUUACAUUCUACGCACAAUCUACAUCGUUACUCGUCUUUCUGAUGAACCGCCUGCAGGCAAAUUUAAUCUCGUACACAGAGUGUUUCGUUUGCAAAAGACCGUUGUUGGCAUGGGUGGAGCUCGACAUGUGAAGCAGCUAUACAUAUACAACGGCGACGACGAGCUCCUUCCUACUCUCAACACUCUUUUAGAUGGAAAUGGGUUUGGCGAAACAUCAUGGCCAUCACUCAAAGAAGUCAUCUUUCAUGGAAACCACACCUUUCACACAGAGCUGGGAGAGAAAGAGCACGCCAAUAUGAUACAUUCCUACCUAUCGAGGUUAGCACCAUCUCUUGCCACCAUCUAUGGAAUAUCUAACCCGGUUUUAAACGCGGUUGACAAUAGGCUUUCCAACAAACGGCUAUAUCUGAACACAGAAACACACCGUCACUUGACCUCCACACAUUUUCCACACCUUAUAACACUGGAUUUAGACGACACAUAUGGUAUGCGCAGCUAUCACCUACUAACAUUCUUUGCACCAACACUCAGAAACCUCACACUUCGUAUCUGCUUGGAGUCGCUAUUUACUUGGCAGCAGUUCCUUGGCAGCGCCACCGAUACAACAGUGUUCAAAGAGCUGACAAGCUCUGAAAAUCCAUCUCAGAAUAAACCUCUGGGCAGCCUUUGCCAUCCUCACCCACGCCUCCCAGCCUUUUAUGGACCGCAAACGCUACUCUUCCCUAAGCUAGAUACGAUAGAUGCUGUUCAUAUAUUCAAUGCACACGUCGACUUUAAUGACUUGUUUCCUAAUAUCGCAGUCAGGUCGCUGCUAAUUACUGAACUGCUAGAGAAUUUGCCGUCUAUAAACUCGAUGCCGCUGAAGCAUGUAGAUAGGCUCAGCCUCGGAUUUUCUCAUCUCUUUAGUUCCGGAUACCAUGACACAUGGGGUAGCACAUAUAUUCAGCUAUUCGAGACGUAUUCCAAAGUCCGGUUUGCAGAUAUUUCGAUCCCACUGCUCCCUACUACAAAACUAAACUGGCCAAAUCUCCUGCGUCUUGAGCUUGUCAUCUCCCAAAUCGAUUGGAGUUCUUUCGAAAUAUUUCUACCGGAUCUUCUACAUUUGAAAAUUCUAACCGUUAUCAAAGAUUCGGAUGACAAAAGCGAAUAUUAUGCGGAGCGUCUCAGCAAUGGGAUAGAAAGCUACACACCUACAUCACUGCACGCUAUUAGUCAAACUCUUGAAAAGUUCACAUAUCAACGAGUAUUUGGAGGUUUCGAUCCUAGUGCCUCUGAGUUUAUUCGACAGCUGAUACUACGAGCGCCGCAGCUCAUGGUUGUAAAAGCAGAGCGUAAAUACAUCCAGCCUCAUCUUAAGACUGGCAAGAGCCAAGAUAUCGAGUUUAUAUUUCCGUAGCUUCAAUCCCUCAUACCUCAUCUGCCAGGGUAUAGUUCUGUUAACAUCCAGCAUACCUCUGGGCGCUUCCAGCUGGACACCCCAUGUCCCUUUUCUACGUUUUCUGCUUAUAUCUGUUAUCCACUUUCUUUUCCACUUUAUUCUACUAACAGUUUGUACCACUGUCAGAAUAUACGUUAAAACAUCUACACACAUUAUAGACCUCAAGAGAAGGGCACCUGG